GUUCAAGUGAUUAAAGGAAAUAGGCAUUCAAGUUAUCGACGAUUUAGUAUCUUCAAUGAGUUCUCAAAGCAAUUGAAAGGAGAAGCUAAAAGGGGUUUUCUAGAACAAGCAUUCACGUAUUGAGAUAUUCUGCAUGUACCAGCAAAGACAUUUCAUGCUGACACGUUGUCAAGACUCGAUACAGAUUGGGACAUUUUGACACCAUGUCAGGGUUACACUAACUUACAUACUUUGUUAUUCCAAAUUGACCAUACUACAUAGAAAUCGACCAGAUUUUGUUUACUGGCCAAUAUAACGCCACAAAUUUAUACUUCUAGCACAUGUUUUGUAAAGUCUAGUGCUUCAGACAUUGUUGAAGAGCAAAGGGUAAUUGCCACACUGCCAAUUCCUUCCAAUGUCUCCCACCGGAAAGUAAGUGGGAUCAAGGAAAACACCUAUGUUGCUACAACCUGCAGUAAUACAGAAUUCCAACAAUCAAUGAAGGACCUAAAUGAGAAAAUUGGAGUGGUAAAGGAAGAUAUCAAAGUAAGAACACAGAAAACCACAGAGAAGUUAUAUAGGACAGUUGAUGAUGUUUGGACAGAAGCUGAAACAGUAUCAAAGAAGGUCUCUGAAAAUGUGAGAGAGCAGUUAUCAGCUGCUAAAGAAGAGGUCAAAGACACGCUCGGACUUGGAAAGCAGGAGCCGUCUACAACGUCCAAUUCAUCAAGCACUUCCAGUCCAAAUGAUGGAAGCACACCAACAUCAGAAGCAGAGAAAUUUCAAAAUUUUAAAGCUAACAGUAACGAAGAAUCAUCUGGAGAAACAGAAACACUGUUUGGCAAGUUCAAGUCCACAGUUUCAUCAACUUCUCCUACAGUCUCCCAAGCAUUUCGGAAAUUGACGGAAGCAAAGAUCACAAACUUAGCUAGGAAAGGAUAUGAAAUAGUAAAAGAUGAGCUGAGCUCUAACCAAACCAGGAAAAAGCGCAUGCAGUAUGCUUCUGCUUCUGUUUCAUCUGAACCAAGAAGCACAAGAACUGAUAUAGUUGUUGUUCCUACAAAAAAAUCAAUUUUAGGUGAGAAAUGGGAGGCAUUUAAGAAGAAGAUGCAUGACCAUCCUAUUUUUAAGCACGUUAGUGGCUACAGCCAACCAGUUGUAACAAUGGGACAAGAGUUAGCGGAGGACAUGCGAGAGAGGUGGGAGACAAGCGACAGUCCUGUUGUUCACAAGAUUCAAGAUUUGAAUGAAACUGUUUUUGGAGAAACUGCAACUGCUCUGUCUUUCAAGGAAAUUCGACGCCGAGAUCCAUCUUUUUCGCUGCCAGACUUUGUUGCUGAAGUUCAAGAAAUGAUCAGGCCUGUUCUGACUGCUUAUUUCAAGUGUGAUGUUGAAACUUUGAAGAAGUAUUGCAGUCCUGAAGUGAUUGAACGAUGUAAGGGAGAGCGAAUGGCUUAUGAGAGUCAAGCCAUGUUUUUCGAUAACAAGAUUCUCCACAUUUCUGAGGUUGAUGUUCGGGAAACUAAAAUGAUGGGUUCCUCUCCUAUAAUUAUAGUAGCUUUUCAAACACAGCAGAUCUACUGUGUGCGUGAUAGAGAAGGCUCAAUAACAGCUGGUGGAAAGGACACAAUCCAGACUGUAUAUUAUGCAUGGGCUAUGCAGCAAAUGGAUGCCGAGGAGCUUGGAGAAGGAGCAUACUACCCACAAUGGAGGUUACGAGAAAUGCAGCAACUGGGCGUUCAAUCACUUAUCUAGGAUUGACCACCGUCGUACCAUGGUCCCAAGGUGUUUUCUCGGGCGUUGGCUGCUUCAAGAGAAUCUAUGACCAUUUCAGUUUAACCAAUCUCUUAGGAGAAGGUGCCAUUUUUCCGUAUACAGAUGAAGCGAACCUCUGAAAAAAUCACCUUUAAAUAAUUGUUUUCUUCAUCAUGGUGGGUUGUUUUGAGGAAGGCUAUUCUUUUUCUUUGUAAUAUGCUCAGCAAAAUUUGAUACCCAGAGGGUUCAUAGUGGUGUAUAAUGUACUAGUAAAAUUGAGCUGCUGAUUCCAAUUUUGUUUUCACGUUACACUACUAUCAUAAAUCACUCAUGUCUUUUA